CCGAAUAUUCAACAUGGUGGCCAUCUUUACACUAUCUGCAUUUUUUGUUCUGUCUAACAUUGUGCGUAGUCACGGUGAGAGAGAAAAUUAUACAUCUAAAGGUAUUACGGAGUCUUCGGAAGUUGUAUUAGAUUUGACACUUACUAAGGACGGUGCUAGAAUCGAGUUCAACGCCUUAAAGGAAGAUAUCAUAUUAAUUCUGACCAAAGCGUCUCCUACAGACUUCAUGGCGAAAAAUCUGCCUGUUGUUUUAGUUGACGGUGAUGAAAUUCAGUCCAUAAAUAUCAAUUUCCAAGAACAUGGCAUAGAGUUUUACAAAGAGGUUAACGACCGAGGAUAUUUUUCCACACAGUGUUUGUCUUCACGUGACACAAGCUGUACAUUAGAGGGUUCUUUAUUCAUGGAAGAUUAUGAGAUACUUAUUGAACCUCUGCCAGAAGACAGCGAGCAUCUGGGGUCUUUCAAUAAAAGAAAACACAGAAUACAACAAAGAAAACAAAAAGGAUUGAAAAAUUUUCAACAUCAUCUUUCGGAUUUGCAAAAAAAGUUCAUCUUUGGUUUACAAGACCAUGUGACACCCAUUCCUGGAAGCGUCAAUGCAACAGUGGAGGUCUUAGUUUGGACAGACCUUUCAUACAUUAGCUCCUUUCAUCAACUCGUUCACCAUCCUCAUGUGGAAACAGAUAUUUUGAAGUAUGUCGCUACAGUGGUGCACGCGGGAAAUGAAAUGUUUCGCAAUGGAAUAAAAGAUCCAUCUUUGAAUAUAUCGGUAUUCCUAACGGGAGCUGUAAUCUGCAAGUCCGCAGAUUGCAGUAAAUUUACCUCAAGUUUAGUUCAAAAUGGAACUGUAGAAAACCACAAGGCUUUGGACUUGUUUGCGGAGACACUGGCGACAACCUAUGGUAACCACACACUCAUGUUCCACUAUGAUUAUGCAGUUGCCUUCACUCGAUACGAUUUAGUUGAUGUAAGCGGUACACCGAUUGGUGUUUCUUUUACUGAUGAUAUUUGUUCAAUAAAAAACGGAAAAUCAUCCUCAAUCAUUGAAGAUCAAGGUGGCUUUACUUGUAUAGGGACUUUUGUUCAUGAAAUGGCCCACACUUUAGGAUCAGAUCACGAUGGUUGGUUCCGUGGACAGGAGUGCGAUCCUAACAAUGGUUAUAUCAUGGAUGCCGUGUCUCCGCUUACCACCAAUGCCUUCUAUUUCUCUCAAUGCACGAUCAACUCCAUAAAGACAAACCUAUUAAGACCCGAAGCCUCGUGUGUUCUAGAUAAGCCGCGAGUAAACCAUCAUUAUGAGGCAUUGACUAAAGAUGCUCCUGGACAAAUCUACAACGUCUCGGAACAGUGUCAUCAGAUUUAUGGGACGUCUUUUUGUUUGAGCGUAGGGACGACACUGGAAGACAUUUGCCACAAAAUGUACUGCUGGGAUCCAAUACUCUCCAACGUGUGCUCAACUAAGUCUGCUGCCGCCCCUGGAACGUCUUGUGGACAUAAAAAGUGGUGUGUGGACGGAGUGUGUGUACACGAUGAUCGAGCACCAUAGCUUUACAUAUAUUACAUAAAAGUUUCGUUUUCAAUUUAGCAUAUAUACUUCUACAAGACUGUAAUUCACAUAUUUCUUAAUUUUGAUGUCAUUAGCUCAGGUAAUCAUAGAUGUGUAUA